AGUCUAAACCUGUCUCGACUCGACACAGCAUAUAAAUCCCCACAAGAUGAAACGAUGGGUAUACCCCGAAACUCCAUCAAACCAAAAAUGGCUACUUAUAAUAUUGUUUCUUGUGGAGUCACCGUGAAAACCACGGUGACAAACAGCGCCACUUUUACCGACGACUACAUUACUGAGCUCGUUCUCUCCUGCAACCAUGUCACGCCAUUGAUCGGCCUGGAUGUGAGGUCUGCUCGUUCUGGUGUCACCGGCGAAAUGAAGGCUGCGACGCUGACGCUAUGUUCAGGGUCUAGGUGCAUCAUAAUUCAACUUACCAACAUGGAUUCAAUUCCUGAUUCCUUGAUUAGUUUUCUUUCUGCUCCACUAUUUCACUUUGUUGGAAUAUGGGAGAGCCUGGCAAUACUUGAAAAGGAUUAUGGGAUUGUUUGUAGGAAUGUGAUUGAGCUUGACCCUUUCUUAUUUUCUUUGGUAGUUGCUCUUGAGAUUAAGGUCGAAUCCAAGCCAUCGAGUGUUAUGAUGGGAAAUUGGGGCGCUGGGAAUUUGAGUAUGGAGCAAAUUCAGGCUGUUACUUUUUUGGCUCACAGCUUUUUCGAGUGUGGAAAAUUUUUCUUUACCUGA